UUCGACUUGUACAGUAGCUUCAUAUGAUUAUACUAAUGACUUUGUUUAACUGUUUCUUCAUUAACCAAACUCCCUCAAUAAAAAGUCCCCAUACACAGCAGCCCACAACACAUGUGAAAGUCAAAUUAUUAGAGAGAGAUAAAUAAGAUAGCCAACCAGUUUCAAUUUUCCUCUCUCUCUAUCUCUCUCUGUCAAACAGCUGCAUAUAUCAAAGACAAAUGCACAAAGAAUAAACACAGAAAGAUAUUCACAGAUAGAAAAAUGGGAAGAGCUCCUUGUUGUGACAAGGCUAAUGUCAAGAAAGGGCCAUGGUCUCCUGAAGAAGAUGCAAAGCUUAAAGAAUUCAUCGAGAAAUUCGGCACCGGUGGGAAUUGGAUUGCUUUGCCUCAAAAAGCCGGUCUGAAAAGAUGUGGAAAGAGCUGCAGAUUGAGGUGGCUUAAUUAUUUGAGACCUAAUAUAAAGCAUGGAGAAUUUUCAGAUGAAGAAGAUAGAAUAAUAUGCACUCUUUAUGCAAGCAUUGGAAGCAGGUGGUCAAUCAUAGCAGCUCAAUUACCGGGGAGAACUGACAAUGAUAUCAAGAACUACUGGAACACAAAGCUCAAGAAAAAACUCAUCAUGGGUAUAAACAAUAAUCCUAUUUCCAAAUUAAUCCAACACCCCCCAUUUUCACCCCAAAUUACAUUUCAGCCCCAACUUCCUCAUCACCCUCUAUCCACCUUGCAGACACAAAAUCACAGUUAUCAUCACACCCCAUUCUAUUUGCAGUCGAACACCCAAAAUCUAACUUUCAUGCCCCCCAACAAUGGUGAUUUUGCACAGCCCACCACUUUUUUCCAGCAAAAUCAAGAUUGUACCAAUUUCAACAACAGCAAUUUGCUUGUUUUUGGAGGGAACAAUGAACAGAGUUGUACCUCAUCGUCCGAGGGAAGCGGCUGUAAUAAAAUGGGCUUCGGCCCGAAAGCUGUUAAACAAGAAGAUCUAAUGGUGGGCCUUGAUUUUCAGGGCUUUAUUGCAGAAAACUACCAAAAAGGUGCAAUCUUGAUUGGGGAUAAGGGUGAUAAUCCUGAAUUUGGUGCAGGGGAUAUCGGUGUUCUGCCAAACAGGGCCUUAGAGUGUGACCUGGCCCAAGUCAAGGAGCUCGCAAGCAGUAAUUUUUUGCUUAGUGAUGUUAUUAACCAUGGUGGUGACGGUGAAAAUCAGGGUCAUGGUCAUGACAAGGGUUUUUACUGUUACUACUGAUAAACUGAAAAAGAAAAUUGAAAAGAGAAGUGGGAGGAAAAUUGGGGUUUGGGUUUGGAGUUUUGUUGAUGUGAUGGAAAAUGAAAGGGGGAAAAAAGAUUGUUUUGUUUGACAGUACAUAGUAAGGUUAGUUUCUUGGUUUUGGUUUCUUGGUUUUUUAUUUAGGAAAAAAAUUGUGAUGUCAUUUUGUUAUUAUGUUUUUUUGCUGUGCAUUGCUUGUGUAGUUGUGUCCAACUUCAAACAAAACAAAUAUCUAUGCUCUUUUCACAAUUUUUCU